AUGGCGCUGCUUGCACGGAGGGCGAGAAGAUCGCUGGCGACGACCAAGAAGCUGGCCGCACCGGCCGUGGCGGUGGAGCUGGCCAUCCCGGCGCACUUCCGGUGCCCCAUCUCGCUGGACCUCAUGCGCGACCCGGUCACGGCGCCCACCGGCAUCACCUACGACCGGGAGAGCAUCGAGGCGUGGCUCGACACGGGCCGCGCCGCCGUGUGCCCCGUCACCCACGCCCCGCUCCGCCGCGACGACCUCGUCCCCAACCACGCCACCCGCCGCGUCAUCCAGGACUGGUGCGUCGCCAACCGCUCCCGCGGCGUCGAGCGCAUCCCCACGCCCAAGAUCCCCGUCACGCCCGUCCAGGCCUCCGAGCUCCUCUUCGAGGUCGCCGAGUCCGCGCGCGCCGGCGACGCCGGCGCGGCCGCCAGGUGCGCCGCCGCGGUCGCCAGGGUCAGGGCCCUCGCCAGGGAAAGCGAGCGCAACCGGCGCUGCUUCGCGUCCAUCGGCACCGGCCGCGUGCUCGCCGCCGCGCUCGAGUCGCUCGCGGCAGCCGGAAGCGCUCUCGUCGAGGACGUUCUCGCGGCAUUGGUCCGCAUGGCGCCGUUGGACGAGGAGGCCGCGCGGAUCCUGUCCUCGCCGAAAUCGCUGGGCUCACUGGUCGCCGUCGCCGAGAACGGGAGCUUGGCGGCGAGGCUGAAUGCCGUGCUGGCGAUCAAGGAGGUCGUGUCCUCGUCCGACGGAGCGUGCACGGGUUUGUGCGGGAAAGCCGACGAGAUCGUGGACGCGCUGGUCAAGAUCAUCAAGGCACCCAUCUGCCCGCAGGCCACCAAGGCCGCCAUGGUCGCCGCCUACCACCUGGCGCGCUCCGACGAGCGCGUCGCGGCGCGCGUGGCGACGGCCGGGAUCGUGCCAUUGCUGAUCGAGGCCCUCGUCGACGCCGACAAGAGCGUGGCCGAGAAGGCGCUGGCGCUGCUCGACGCAGUGCUCGCGUCGGAGGAAGGCCGGGCGAGCGCGCGCGGGCACGCGCUCACCGUGCCCGUGCUCGUCAAGAAGAUGUUCCGCGUGUCUGACCUGGCCACCGAGCUCGCCAUCUCGGCGAUGUGGCGGCUCGGCAAGAGCGCCGGAGGUGACGAGGGCGCGGUGACGAGGUGCCUGGUCGAGGCGCUGCGUGCCGGCGCGUUCCAGAAGCUGCUGCUGCUCUUGCAGGUUGGCUGCAGGGAUGCCACCAAGGAGAAGACCACCGAGCUGCUCAGGAUGCUCAACAAGCACAAAGGCGCUGGCGAAUGCGUCGACUCUAUGGACUUCAGAGGGCUCAACAGGCUGUCCUGA